AUGAGUGAUAACUCUCAGCUGCGUGGAAGACUACCACAUGUGGCUUCUCCCCAUCCAAAGCGGCCCUACAAAUCACUUCGCAUAAGAGCUCAGUCCCCUGAACCAGUUGAAGAAAAUUCAAUGGAUAAUGAAGCAACUGGCUCGACAGAGAAGGGAAUGAAGCCGAGGAAUGACAAUACUUCGAGAAAAGUUCCCUACAAAGCUCUUCUCAUCAGAGCUCGGUCACCUGAACCAUAUCAUGAGGAGAAUUCAACAGAUAGUGAAGCAACCAGUUCACAAGAGUCAGAAGUGAAGCCAAGGAAGAACAAUGGUGCGAAAAAAGAUCUGAAGAACAGAUUAGAGACAAGGAAGAAUAACACCCCUAAAAGAAUCGUUUCCCAUGAACCAGAACUCAGACGUUAA